AUGUGCGACUACACUCAGCGCGAGUAUUCCUGCGGCCACUUCCGCUGGAUCGCCUCCAAGUGGUGCCGCGAGUAUACCCUCACGCACAAGAGAUGCCAGCCCAAUGUCACCCAUUUUGAGUACCGCGCAGAUGAGCCUUGUGGCGAGUGCAAGCCGAAGGAGUACCCGCCUUGGGAGAACCUCAUCCGCCGCAACAAGCAGGCCACCUACUAA